AUGACGUGUCAGCCCGGUGCCGCAGCAAGUGGAAGAUCAAGCCUGCUGAACGCGUCUGUAGCUUAUAUUCAACAAAAAAGGGCAGAAUCCAGCACCCCCAGCAAACUGCCUCCUCAUCGAGCUCCAUUUGUCUGCAAGAAUGCGUCAGAGAUCAUUGGUAUGGGCAGAUGGAGAGAGGACCUCAUAACAUACCUGGUAGGAGAAGGGAGCACAAUGGCUCAGCCGCAGUUCAAAAUGGCAUCCAUUGUUGGGAUGGGCGGUGUGGGCAAAACAACCCUUGCCAGCCUUGUGUAUGAGGAGAUUGGAAAUAAGUUCCAGUCCCGGGCUUUUGUGUCCGUCACUCCAACCGCCAACAUGAAGGAGGUUCUCACAAGUAUUCUCCAACAAGUAGGAGCUGAACUACCUGCUGGCACCAAAGCAAGGACGGAGGAAGAUACCAUCCACACCAUAUCGAAUUUCCUAGAGGACAAAAGGUACCUAGUAGUAAUUGAUGACAUAUGGCAUCAUGGAGAAUGGGAGAUCAUCAGCAAGUCUAUUCCACAAAAUAAUCUGGGCAGUAGAAUUGUCAUGACAACCCGUAUUGAUUCUGUAUCAGAUGAUAUCGAUUAUAACAAGCUCUGCAUCAGAAUGAAUCCUGGAUGGAGUUUUGAAGAGGAAAGAUGGUUCUACGGACCUCAUGUGCAAGAUUUCACCGCUUGGAUGAAGCCUGACAUGGUUGGAGAAGGUUUUGACCGCGACCAUCCUAUUGUGCGCAUGUGUUGUUGUCUGCCGUUAGCACUACUUUGCAUGUUUUCAGCAAUGGCAAUUGUCAGAGAGCAACAAGAACAACUAGGGGUACAUGUAAAGGCACGUGAUGUGCAAGACAUGAUUGAGAAGCAAGUUAAGAAAGGUGGAAUUCAGAACACUCCAGGGUUCGAACCGUUGGUGGAGAGCUUGCAGCUUGGCUACGAUGAUCUUCCUCACCAUAUGUUGAAGACAUGUUUGUUGUACUGCAGUAUAUACCCUCAGAAUUACCGUUUUGACAUGAAUGAUUUGGUCAUGAGAUGGGUCGCUGAAGGAUUUACUUAUAAAGAGGAUACAGGAAAAUGUUACUUCGAAGAGCUUUGCAACAGGGGAUUUAUGCUGCAUGUGGAUGAUUCAUUGGGCAUGUCCUACUACCAAAUGAAUCAUCCGAUGAUGCGAAAUUUCCUUAGAUGGAAAUUGCAUGAAGAUAAAUUCUUUACUAGCAGUUCCGGCAUCACAUUGGCAUAUUCCUGUCAAAUACAUCAUCUAUGUAUAGACGAUUAUCCAAUUGAUGAUGGUGCAGCGGAGGGAGUGGAUCCCUUGUUAGGCUUGGAUUGGUCUCGGAUUCGAUCUCUUGUUGUUUUUGAAGGUGCCAAGAGAUAUAUCCCUUUUGAGAAGUUGAAACAUGUGCGAGUGUUGGAUCUUCAAUAUCAUCAGCAGUAUCUUGAAUUCGAAAAGGUUCGUCGGGAUUACCAUUAUGGGAAUCAUCAUGUGAAAGAUAUAUGUGGACUUCUCCGUCUGAGGCACCUAUUCGGCCUAGAUGGGACGGGAAUUAAUGUGAUAGCACCAGAAAUAGCGAGGCUGCACUAUUUGGAAACUUUACAGAUAAGAUUCACAUGGAUCACAGAGUUACCCAGCGAGAUUGGGGACCUCCCGCAAUUGAAGAUUCUAGACGUGAGUCACAGCAAAAAGCUGGCAAAGCUGCCUAGGGAGAUAGGGGAUCUGCAGCAUUUAGAGACUCUGGACCUGAGCUAUAGCAGGCCUAGCUAG